UAAAGAUAGUCUAAGGCCCACCAGACUAUGCCCUAAUUUUGACUUUCUGUGUCCAAAAUUCCCAGUAUCAAAAUUCCUUGUUAAACUGAGCAGAAGUAAGUAGUAACGUAGAUUUCUCACAAAUUUCUGCAACAAAUUUGCAGUAAUGGCAUUUCUGUUUCAGAAGUUUCAAGAGGCAGUCAAGGUGCUUGCGAAAAGUCCUACGUUUGCUAAGGAAGGAAGGCACCUUCAAUUUGAAGCCGAUAUCAACAAACUUUUCCUUUUUACAAGCUACAACCGCUUAGGUAAGAAUGCAGAAGAAGCUGAUGCAGAUGAGAUCAUUGAGAUGGGAAGUAAGGCCUCUCUUGAAGAGCAACAGAAGCAAGUUCAAGAAAAUAUUCACGAACAAUUACGUAGUUUCUGCACAUAUAUGGAUGACAUUCUUCGUCCUGAUCCAAAGAUGGCGAACAAUCAUAACUCGUCAUCAGAAACAAAAGCUGCCCCUCGACGUAGUGGUCUGGGUCUUGCUGUUGGCAGGACCACGCCAUUGGAUCAUAAUCCCAGCCUGGCUGUGCCAGAAACGAAGCUGAUAAAGUGCUGUGAGGUUUCACAAAAACUGAAGGAUCUCCUUGAUUACACUCUUGAAAUCAAGCCAUCUCAAAUUCAACAGAAGGAUGCUGGCCAAGGUUUGUUUCUGGAUGGUGAAGCUGCUGUGGGAGCUGUAAUAGCCGUUUACCCUGGCAUCACAUACUCACCAGCAUAUUAUCAAUACAUUCCUGGAUACCCCAGAGUAGAUCUGGACAACCCUUAUUUGAUCACAAGAUAUGAUGGAACUGUAAUAAAUGCUCAGCCUUGGGGUACUGGUGGUGAAGCUCGUGAAAUGUGGGAUGGAUCAAGUGCGCCACGGCCUGGGUUGAAUGCUGAAGGUGGUGUAAAUGGCUCGGAUCGGAUGUGGAAGAUGCUAAGUAAACCAUUAGAUGGCUCCAAAGUUGGGGGUAAAGGAGUUGUUCUUGAAAGGAGACACCCUCUUGCUUUCGCUCAUUUCGCCAACCAUCCGUCGAAGGAUAUGCUCCCCAAUGUAAUGGUGUGCCCCUAUGACUUCCCUCUAACUGAGCAGAAUAUGAGAACCUACAUUCCAAAUGUCCCAUUUGGGGGCGGACAAGAUGUAACAAUGAAGAAGUUUGGAACCUUUUGGUUCAAGUCAUGGAAAUCGAGCAGCUCUGUUGCAGAUGUUCCCAUCAUCAAGAGUCUGGUUCUAGUGGCCACAAGGGAUAUCUCAAAUGAGGAGAUUCUUCUGAACUACAGGUUGAGCAACUUGAAGCAUCGGCCUUCGUGGUAUACUCCGGUCGACGAGGACGAGGAUAGAAGAAGAUGGAGCUAAGUUAAGUGCAAUACUAUGUCUCUUGCCCUAGUUGAUUUGGAUCUCUCAUUCACAGUUUGUAGUACGAGGGAGGUUUCUCAUAAGAGCGUUAAUGUUCCUCAUUUUGGAAUUUUAAGUUUCAUUCUUCGCUAGUUCUGGGCGUUUGCUUGUAUUGAUUUUGAUACAUUUUAUAGUUGUAGACUUGUAGAAUAACCAAAAAUUUGUGAUGUUUAUGAAUAAAUUUUUUAUUUAGUUAAA